AUGGAGAUAGCAAAGGAGGAUCGUCCAAUCGGAGUUGUGACAUCCAAGCUGUAUUGGGACUACUUCAGAAGUGGAGCACAUCCUUUGAUGAUAAUUGGAAUGGUUGGUUUAAGUCUCAUUACUCAAGACCUUUCUACCACAGUCCAAGCAUUUUGUUCUGUCCAAUGCCUUUACGGUUUCUUUGGUCAAGGUCUUCACGUCUUGACAUCGUGUGAGCAGAAUGGAACGGCUGCAUGUCUCUCAAGCCCCGACGCUAACAAGUGCUCCAGAGCACAAGACUGCAACGCGGGAAACGGUUCAUAUGAAUGCUGCUCUGGUUCUUGCGUCCAAGGAAGCAGUUGCCUGGGAGAAAACUGUGAAAUCAACCGAGAUUGCUCUACCGCUGAAAUUUGCUGUGAUACGAAAUGCGUCGAUAGUCUGGAUUGCAAAGGACAAACUUGCUCUUUUGAAAAUGACUGCCAGACGGAUGAAGUGUGUUGUUACGGAUCGUGUAGAGAAAAGGUUCUGUGUAGCGAUUAUACCCUCAUAAUUCUCAUUUGUCCUGUUGCUAUUAUCGCCUUUGUGUCCAUUUCCUCUUGCGUCUUUAGAAGAAUAUGUUUCAAGACUUCCAUUUCCAUGAAACGAUAUCCAUUUUCACAUGGGUUUUCAUCAGAGAGCACUUCAUCGCGUUCGCUUAUCAGCCUUCCGCGUCCGCUGAGGAGGACACAUUUAUUCUAUACAACUCCAAGGCGAGUAAAUUUUCCUGAGGACUUUAAGCACAAGGUGGCCAAGAUUUGUGAAGGUCCAAAGCCCGGAAAAACAACCCAGUAUGGUUCGUUUCGUGAAAUAUUCUAACUCUGAAUUAAUACAUUUAUUGAAAGUGUGUGUACUAUACAAAUGGUAAAAUUCUACAUGUUGCUGUUCCUUAUUUUAAAGCGUGUGCGCUUGGCUUUUAUCUCAAUAAUCCUUUUAUACUUUUCAGUUCGUACACAUGGCGAUUGUUAGGAAUGGAGAUUAUAUUUUUAACGAACCCCGACGGUUUUAAAACGAACUUUUUUGCCAGGAAAGAAAAACUUUUCUCGUGAUUGAUCUAUACUGGCUGUAAAUAUUUUUCUGAGAAAAGAAUGAAAUGAAACUGUAUUUUCUUGGAUCUUCAAGGUAAACAAAGUAGCCACUUCACUGACGCAUUGGACAGUGUUUCUAUUUGAAGAUGUAUAAAAGUUAUCAAGAUUUUCUAGUAAAACUUUAGACGAAAAUGGUGUCUAAGUAACUG